UCGACUCUGUAUCGUCACUUUACCCCAAUGUGACAUAUAAUCACAAUCACGUCGGACAUGCCGACAGUACCAGUAUUGGUCACAUACUAAACCGUCGGACGCCGACUUUUUACACGUUCCAACUAAACGCAGUAGUAGUCUGCUCCGUAAGACAACUAGAAAGAAAAAAGUCACCCAACAAAAAAAGAUGGCUGCUCUAGUGAAGUGCUCGCGUGCUCUCGCUCGGUUUUCGACGAUUCCCUCGUGCCCGAGUCUCCUUCAAGCAGGAUGUCCGCGCUACUGUAGUGUCAUGUCGCGCCCUGUCCGAGACAGGAUCCAGGAAAGGCGUCAGCAGGCGCUGUUAGGGGGAGGGCAGCGGCGAAUUGACGCGCAGCACAAAAAGGGCAAACUGACGGCACGAGAAAGGAUCGAUUUGCUGUUGGACCCAGGGACGUUCGUUGAGUAUGACAUGUUUGCCGAACACCGCUGCUCGGACUUUGGUGGUCUGGAGAAGAGCGCAAACCAGUUUCCAGGCGACAGCGUGGUGACAGGACACGGUCGGAUCUAUGGCCGGCCCGUUUACCUUUUCAGUCAGGACUUUACCGUGAUGGGGGGCAGUGUCGGCAGCGUUCAUGCGCGCAAGAUAUGCAAGAUAAUGGACCAGGCCUUACUAACAGGAGUGCCGGUGAUUGGUCUGAAUGACUCGGGCGGUGCCCGUAUCCCGGAAGGGGUGGAUGCACUGGAGGGGUAUGGAGAAAUCUUUCAACGGAAUGUGGAGGCCUCUGGCGUGGUGCCCCAGAUCUCCAUGAUCAUGGGUCCGUGUGCGGGUGGAGCGGCCUACUCACCGGCCCUGACAGACUUCACUUUCAUGGUUAAGGACACGUCCUAUCUUUUCAUCACUGGCCCUGAUGUGAUCAAGUCUGUAACUUGUGAGGUAGUUAACCAGGAAGAGCUGGGAGGAGCCACGGUCCACACUACACUGUCGGGUGUGGCACAUAAGGCGUUCGACAAUGAUGUUGAUGCUCUUCUGCGGCUACGGGAGUUCUACAACUUUCUACCUCUCAGCAACACGGACCCUUCCCCAAUCCGGCCCACUGAGGACCCUGCCAACCGCCUAUGUCCGGUUCUGGACCACAUGGUUCCCCUGGACUCCACCGAAUCGUUCAACAUGCUCGACGUCAUCCAGACGGUGGUGGACGAGGAAGACUUCUUCGAGAUCAUGCCGAGUUACGCCAAGAACAUCGUGGUAGGGUUCGCACGAAUGAAUGGUCGAACCGUCGGGAUCGUCGGGAAUCAACCCAAGGUGGCGGCAGGCUGUGUGGACAUCGACGCCUCUGUGAAAGGAGCCCGGUUCAUCCGGUUCUGCGAUGCGUUCAACAUCCCGAUCCUCACGUUUGUGGACGUCCCCGGUUUCCUCCCGGGAACAGCGCAGGAACACGGCGGGAUCAUCCGCCACGGAGCGAAGAUGCUGUUCGCGUACUCCGAGGCCACCGUGCCCAAAAUCACCGUCAUCACGAGAAAGGCAUAUGGAGGUUCGUACGGCGUGAUGGGAAACAAACACAUGAAGGCAGAUAUCGUCUAUGCCUGGCCAACGGCAGAGGUGGCUGUAAUGGGGGCGAAGGGAGCUGUGUCCAUCAUGUUCAAGGGACAAAAGGACCAGGCAAAGAAAGAGACAGAGUACAUGGAGAAGUUUGCCAACCCAUUCCCAGUAGCCAUCCGCGGCUUCGUCGACGACAUUCUCGAACCCAGGAUGACCAGAACCCGCAUCUGUCAAGACCUGGACCUUCUCUGUACGAAAAAGGAAAGCAGACCAUGGAGGAAACACAACAACUUACCUCUUUGAUUAUUAUGGCUUCACCACAAAGUGGUGAAGACAUAUUGUGUUCCCUCAUGUUUCUUCUCCUCCUCCUUCUCCUCCUGCCAUAUAUGCA